UGAAACUAGAUUCUGAAUGAAUUAGACGCGCAAAAAGUUCCCUCUCGAGAGCGCGUAAUUAUUUUCAUUAGUUCAAAUCCAUCAAUCAAAACUGUAUUGUAUAGAUUAGACAUUUGUAUUUAUGAAAGGGUAAACGCGCAGUUGAAAAGGAAAAUGAUUGAGAUUAAAAUACAUUCAUUGAUAUGCGCUGUUGCCUUAACGGUCAGCGUUUUAUUCGCUACUUGCGUAGCGAAGCCCGCAGCAGAGACAAAACCCAAGAUUGAUGACGCCACAAUUGAUAACACUAUUCAAGCGAAUCCCAAUAUUGAAUACUUGAGGGCCUAUGCGACUCAAAUGCUCAGCUAUAUGAAUCGCAGCGUGGCGCCUUGUGAUGAUUUUUACGAGUACGCAUGUGGCAACUGGAAGAAUGUUAAGCAAGAGCGACAAUCCCAGCACAAGCGCAGCAAUCUUCUGGACAUUGUUUACACGCUGGCCGAUGUAGCCGAGGAGCUUCUGUUGGCGAACACAACGCUGGCCGACGAUCUUGGCUAUGGGGCUGAGCUGAGGAUUACACAACAAUUCUAUAACGCAUGCCUUAACGCUGAGCUGUAUCCGCUGCCAGCGGCCGACCCCGCUUAUCUGGCGCUUAUCAAGUCUGUUGGUGGCUUUCCCGCAGUCGAGGGCGAAGCUUGGCUGGCUUCGAAUUUCAGCUGGUUCAACAUGAGCUCCCACUUGACCAACUAUGGCUCCCAAGGACUCAUCUAUGAAAAGAACCUGCAGCAAUAUCCGUUCAUGCCAUACUUCAAGCUGCCAGAGUUGGGCUUCGACUACAUUGUGCACAGCGACAACAUCGCCACCAAUGACACCAAAGGGUACAAGCUCAAUGAGAAGCGCAUGCGAGGCUAUUUGGAGGCUUACGGCCUGCCCGAAGAGAAGAUAGUCGAGGUCAUUGCCGGAAUUUUCGCCUUCUGGCGCGAAGUUCUGAAGAUCGCAGAUCGCUUCGAGGAGGAUUCGGAUAAGUGUGAUCUGCUGACAGAUGAGUUUGUCACAGAGCCUUUUCCGCUAUGGAAGCAAUACUAUGAGAUUUCAUGGAAUAACCUAAGUUUUGACCCGUAUCCAGCUGAGCGCUACUGUGACUUUUUCUACUACGAGCUGGACAAGGUGUGCGCUAAGCACAAAGCGGCCGCAGCCAACUAUAUGGCCAUGAAAUUACUUUACACCAUGGAUGCCAAAUUGAAGGCUGCCAAAUAUCAACGUGAUCAUUGUAUACUCAACAUCCAAUACUCGAUGCCCUAUUUACUGGACAAGCUUUACUUUGUGAAAUAUUUCACGGAGGAGGCAAGUGCCGAGGUUGCCAACAUCAUUUCGGAGCUGCGCAAGAGUCAUCUCACGUUGUUGGAUAAUGCCAAUUGGUUGGACGCGGAGACGCGCAAGGAAGCUCUGCUGAAGGAGUCAACAAUUGUGACUCGCAUUGGUGCAUUCCAGGAUAAAAAUCUUUCGGAGAGUCUGAUCCGUGCAAUAAAUAAUCUGACCGUUAAGCCCGAUAACUUUCCGGAAAAUAAUAUAAAUCUGAAGCGCUUUAGCACCUAUAUGAAGCGCUAUCUUGGCAUACACCAUAAGACCCUGACGAGUGACACGAAACCGUUGGAACUGCUGGUGGGCAUGCAGGUGAAUGCUUUCUAUUACAAUUUGGACAACUCAAUCAAUGUUAUGGCCGGCAUACUCCAUCCGCCGAGCUACGAUCAAGCGUGGCCCAACUCACUGAAGUUUGGAACCAUUGGCUACCUGGUGGGCCACGAGUUAACCCAUGGCUUUGACACUAUUGGGGCCACCUACGAUAGCAAUGGUACAGCACGCUAUUGGUGGUCGAAAAAGUCAGGCGAGGUCUUCAACGAGCGUUCCAUGUGCUUUGUGGAUCAUUUCAAUAAUUAUCUUAUACCGGAAAUCAAUCGGAACAUUAAUGGCAAUCAGACAAAGGACGAGAGUAUCGCAGACAGUGGAGGUCUGCGUGAAUCAAUGAGUGCAUAUCGCAAUCACAUGAAACAGCUGCAACUGAAUGGCGAGAAUAAUGCCUCGUAUGUGGAUCGCGAUGAGCAGAUGCCUGGCCUGGAUCUGUCGCCGGAGCAAUUGUUUUUCCUUGGCUUUGCGCAGCUUUGGUGUGCCGACUACGAGGAGAAGCACUAUUGGGAGGAGCUAACCAACGAGCAUCCCAUGGACAAGUAUAGGGUGCUCGGUGCCGUCACCAAUAACGAGGACUUUGCGCAAGCAUACCAUUGCGAGCGUGGCAGUCCAAUGCAUCCGAUAACGGACAAAUGCCGCGUCUGGUAACGACGUAAUUCGGAGCUGAUAAGCAUGAGGAAUCCAUGAAAUAAUUAAGACGUGUUUGUUUCAUAUAAAUGUAAACACAAGGCAUGCCACAUAAAAUCGUUUUUGUUGAUUAUA